AAAAUUUGCAGUAAUAAUGUUGUAAGUCGAUGUAUAUAAUCAAAGAAGCAAUAUUACGAAAUUUAUUUGAAAACAUUCAAUUAAAAUGUAAAAUGAUAACAAGAAUAAAUAUUUUUUUUUCUAGAAUUUAAAAUAUCUAACUAAAGUAAGAAUUUCUAGACACUAGAGAGACUCUAGAGAGAAUCCACUUGACCUAAAACACCGAGAAAACGUGUUGGUUUGUUAAUGAAUGGUCAAUCAGGAUUUUUUUUUUGGAUUAAAAAACCAUGUGAGUUUUUUCUUUCAAAAAAACGAGAGUUUUUGUUUGCUGAAAUGAGAAAUAAUUAUUUUAUAACACAUCGAUUAAGUUCAAUUAUUGAUGGAGUUAACCUUAUUAAUCGUUGAUAAACGAAAAAUUUAUUCGAAAAUUUAUUAAAUAUAAAUUAAAAUAGAAUAUGACAAAGAAGAGAGAGAGCAAAGAAGAAAAGAAUAAACUAUUUAAAAAAAUAUAUAGAUAGAUACGUAUAUUACAUCGAUAUCUAAAGAGAAAAAAGACGGCGCGCUGCGACACGAUGGCAGUAACGUCGGAUGACCGCCAACAUUGACAAUCGCGCGCAACCAAUCGAUGGCCCACUGCCACUUUGCUUCUGCCUACAACCCGUCUUUCUUACUUUCUCUCUACCUCUCUUUUUAAUCCCCUUCUUUGACACACCCCAUUCUCUAUUUGUUCCUCCACUCUUCAACUCGAUUUACUUUAUGCUCCCUUUUCACAUUUUCGCUCCUAUUUUAUUACAAUUAUUUUGAUCAAAGACUAUUUUUUCUUCCUUUUUUCUUCCUCUUUCCACUUCAAGUUAGAUUUCCAAAGUACAGACGAUUAUUUUUACAAGGAAUAUUUUCUCUUCUAUUCCGAUCAUUCAUCGAGGUAAGCGUGUAAUCGUACUUUUCACAAAAUGAUAUGACAUUUUCCAUCGUUAUUUCGUUGACUGCUACACAUUUCACAUACGAUGUUUUUGAAUACAUAUUCACUUAUCUUUUUUUUUUUCUUCCAUCAGUCUAUUUCUCUUCUUUGUUGCCGAAAGUUUAUCUCUAUCCUCGCGAGUGUUUCCCCAGUGAUGUGCAACGUCAGUGGCCGCGUCGGCGUCGGCGUCGGCGUCAGGACAUCAGUGUCGGUGUCACUAGCGUCGGCGCUAUCAUAUCGGUGGUUGGUUAGUAGACGAACGAAGGCGGUCGAGUAACGUUGGGACACGUCGUGAUCAUUGAGAGUUCAAUCCGUCCACUCUCUUUAACCUUCGUUCACACUUGUUAAUAACGGUGGAAAGUUUGUAAAUCGUAUAUAUCAGAGAAAACUCUAAACUAUCCCUUUCUUUUUUUCUCUUUCAUAGAUCGCGUUGUCAUAUAACGACGCGUCUAGAAAAGUAACGAAUAAUUUGAUAUUUGUAACGCAAAACAAGAUUCUGAGUGUAUUCGAGCGCGAUAACAUGAACACAGGAUGAUCUGUCGAUAUUCGGGGACACUGUGGCCGUGUAUUGCUUGAAAAAAAAGGUGUGGCGGACGGAAAGAAGAAGGGAUUGAUAACCGAUUGGAAAAGGAAAUAUCGAAAAGUAUAUAUCCUGAGGGAGCAGAAUGAUCGAUCCGAGCUCGUCGGAGUCGGAAAGCGAGGAGGACCAGAGUUCUCAACACGUCGGAAGUGUCGGUGGCGGUAGUGGCGGAGGCAGCGGUGGAGCUCGCGCAGGGAGCGGUAGCUCGUACGGAUCCCGGCGACAGAUUGGACCCGGAGGGAGCCUCGCCACCGCGAGCGGUCCCGUUUCGGGUAGCGUGAGCUCGUUAGCCUCCCCAGGAGGCUCGAUCCACGGACCGAUCGGGACACCUCGAGCUGGCGGGGGUACCGGUCAGGAUGCCGACGCAUCUUCCUCUCUCUCCGCGGCGAGAAACUCGUUAUCGCCGUCGAUGUCUGCUGCCCAGGAUGCGGCUAGUUACGCUCAGAGACCUACCAGCCCCUCGCCCUCUGUCGCCAGCGAGAAAACCGAAACCGAUCUUCAGGACAAACAGGAGCGAGAAGAAGAGGAAAGAAAGACCAGGAUACAGCUGUAUGUGUUCGUAUCGAGAUGCGUUGCAUAUCCGUUUAACGCCAAACAACCAUUGGAUAUGACGAAACGUCCGUUAAAAGUGACCAAGCAACAACUCGAAACGAUAUGUUCUCGUUUUCAGAGUUUCCUAAAGGGAGAAACGCAAAUAAUGGCGGAUGAAGCGUUUCGAAAUGCCAUACAGAAUUACUACGAUGUGUUUCUAACGUCGGAUCGUGUGAUGCAAAUGGUUCAAAGCGGUGCUUGCUCGCAACUCGACUUCCGUGAGGUGUUCAAGGAGAACAUAAAGAUUCGUGUUCUACGCUUCCCGGAAAUCGAUGGAUUGAGCAAAGAGACUGUACUUACGUCCUGGUUGGCCAAAUUCGAUUGUAUCAUGAAAGGUACGGGGGACGAGGAGACCAAGAGGCCCUCCAGGAUGCAACAACAGUCUUUGAUCUCGGAGAUGAUUCUGCCGAAGGAGCAGCUGUACGACAUGUUUCAGCAAAUUCUUGGCAUCAAGAAGUUCGAACAUCAGCUUCUGUUCAACGCCCUCCUGUUGGAUUCAGCCGACGAACAGGCUGCCGCCAUCAGGAGGGAGCUGGAUGGUCGCCUCCAAAAGGUCAACGAGAUGGAAAAGAAUCGCAAGCUUAUGCCCAAGUUUCUCGUAAAAGAAAUGGAGUCGCUCUACAUCGAGGAACUAAAGUCGUCUAUCAACCUGUUGAUGGCUAAUUUAGAGUCAUUGCCAGUCUCGAAAGGUUCGACAGACAGCAAAUACGGGCUGCAGAAGCUGAAGCGCUGCAAUCACCGUCGUGAGCGCUCCCGCUGCCGCGGUCAGGGUUCCCUCGUUAAAUUGGAGAGCGACUCCGCUGACUCGGAACCACAGCUAACCAAAAUGGACGUAGGCCUCACCUUCCAAUUGGCUGUCGUGGUUGUAGAGGUCAGGGGCUUGAAGAGUUUACCACCCAAUAAGAUCGUCUAUUGCACGAUGGAAGUCGAUCGUGGUAAAAAGCUGCAAACCGAUCACGCCGAAGCCUCGAAACCUAUGUGGGACACUCAAGGCGAUUUUACCACCAUGCAACCUCUACCGCUGGUCAAGGUUCGACUCUAUACCGAGAAUUCGGCGAUGCUCGCACUCGAGGACAAAGAACUGGGCAAAGUGAAUCUACGACCUACACCGUUCUCCUGUAAACACCCGGAAUGGUAUCGAAUGUCUGUCCCGAAAAAUUGUCCCGAUCAGGAACUUCUCAUCAAAGUUGGUUGCCGAAUGGAUAAACCGUUCAACAUGAAACAUUGUGGCUAUCUUUACGCGAUGGGCAAAUCCGUGUGGAAGAAAUGGAAGAAACGAUACCACGUGUUGGUCCAAGUCUCCCAAUACACGUUCGCAAUGUGCUCGUAUAAAGAGAGAAGGAGCGAGCCAUCGGAGAUGAUGCAACUCGACGGUUAUACGGUUGAUUAUAUCGAACCUCUUUCGGCCAAUCUGAUGGUCGGCAUGGAUUUAGAUGACGGAAGAUUUUAUUUUAACGCUGUUCGCGAAGGGGACAAUAUAGUAUUUGCCGCGGAUGACGAGAACGAGUGUCAAACUUGGGUAAUGGUCAUGUACAGAGCGACCGGUCAAUCCCAUAAACCGACCCCGCCUGUAUCCGUGGCGGACAAAAAUUCCACCAUCAGUAAGAUACAGGGAGACGCCGAUCGAGCGAAAAAGCAUGGAAUGGAGGAUUACAUUAGCGCGGAUCCUUGCAAGUUCGAUCAUCACUUCCUCUUCAAAUUUUUGCAAAAUUUGGUUCUGGAUUAUCGAUUGAACGAUCCGUACUGUUCUCUCGGUUGGUUUUCACCCGGUCAAGUAUUCGUUCUGGACGAGUACUGCGCGAGAUACGGAGUUCGAGGAUGUUUUCGACAUUUAUGCUACUUGAACGACUUACUCGAUAGAAUCGAUCGCGGUUUAAUGAUCGAUCCAACCCUGAUUCACUUUAGUUUCGCGUUUUGCGCCACUCACGUUUACGGGAAUCGCACGGAUCGAGUCGGUUCCAUCACUCACGAGGAGAAGGAAAAGUUUCAAGACAUCAAAGAGAGACUCAGGCAAAUUCUCGAAGAACAAAUUACCAAUUUCAGAUACAGCUUUCCCUUCGGUCGGCCGGAUGGCGCGUUAAAGGCUACCUUGUCCCUGUUGGAACGAGUGAUGAUGAAGGAUGGCGUCAGUCCUGUGCCUCAAGAGGAAGUGAAGACAUUGAUCAAGAAUUGUCUCGAGAAGGCCGCUCUCGUCAAUUAUACGAAGCUCUCUGCCGAAGCGAAAAUCGAAGAUGAUUUCAGCGGUGAGGUUUGCGUCCCGCCUAGCAAGAAACUCGAAGAUCUCAUACACCUUGCCGACAUGUGCGUCGAUCUACUUCAACAAAACGGGGAGCACUAUUCGAAGGUAGCGUUCGCCUGGUUUAGCGAUCUUAUGGUGGAGCAUGCCGAGAUCUUCUGGUCUUUGUUUGCCGACGAUAUGGACAAAGUGCUCGCCGAACAACCACGGGAUACUUGGGACAGUUUUCCACUCUUUAAAAUCUUGAACGAUUAUCUGAGAGAAGAUGAUAAUUUGAAGAACGGUAGAUUUCACCAGCAUCUUCGCGAUACUUUUUCUCCUAUGGUGGUGCGUUACGUGGAUUUGAUGGAAACCUCGAUCGCACAAUCGAUUUAUAAAGGUUUCGAGAAGGAGCGUUGGGAGAUAAAGGGAAACGGAUGCGCGACUUCCGGCGAAUUAUUUUGGAAAUUGGACGCUCUUCAAUCUUUCAUCCGCGAUCUUCAUUGGCCAGAUCAAGAAUUUCGCCAGCAUCUAGAGCAAAGAUUAACGUUAAUGGCUUGUGAUAUGAUCGAAACUUGCAUUCAACGAACGGAUGCCGCGUUUCAACAGUGGCUGAAGAAAGGCGUGACUUUUAUUUCGACCGAUUACAUCAUACCGUCGGAAAUGUGCGCGAUGGUAAACGUUAUUCUCGACGCGAAAAACCAAAGUUUCGAACUGUGCACCAUCGAUGGCGUCGACGUGCACCAAUAUCACGCGAAAAUCGACGAUUUGAUAGAGAAAACUUCGGCUGCUAUGACCCAAGGAAUGAUCAACAAACUAGUCACGGUAUUGGAGACGACCUUAUCCAAAUUGUCCCGUUACGACGAGGGAUCCUUCAUAGGUUCCAUUCUCAGUUUGACGAAGGUAUCGGGAAGUGGGAAAGAAAUGGGACAGGCCUACGUAAGCUUUACGAGGAAUUGCAUGGACCAAAUUCGUGGCAAAGUCUUGGACGAAUUAUGGAUUUUAACGUUCUUCGAGCAAUGGUACACGGCGCAAAUUCAAAUGCUGUGCACGUGGCUCUCGGAAAGACUCGACCAUAGCUUACAUCUAUAUCAAUGUACCUGUUUGGCCCAUAUCGUAAAAAAAAUUUACUCGGACUUUGAGUUACAAGGUGUUAUAGAGGAAAAACUCAAUUCGACGACAUAUCAGACUAUAUCUAAGAGGAUGCAAACGGAAGAAGCGUCUUGUGCCUUAACGAGCGUUCAGAACGAAGAAGGUCUUUCGGAGAACGGUAACGAUGACGAGGUAGAACGACCAAAACCAAAGGUAACGGUCGUGGAAACGGUCAACAGCGAGGACGCGAAUAUUAUCAGCAACGUUACUUCGAACGUUGUUGAAAAAGUUGGGAGCAUGUUUGGCAAGGGCAUUGGUGGCUUUUCGACAAAAUUUGGUGGACCUAGCUGGUUUUGAUCAUUCUUUUUAUAUUAUUUUAUUAUCGCUAUUUUAUUAUCGCUUAUCUUUUUCUCAUUUUUAUCUUUUAUCAUUUUUAUCUUAUUAUUCAGUAUUAUCAUAUUCUCGUUCCUAUUUUCUAUUUCU